AGUUAACAGCUCGUGUGUUGCUUUCAAAGAGACGGAACGGCCACAAAGGAUAACGAUAACCAAAACUGCAGCCUAGCCUAGCCUAGGAAUCCACCAUCCCCCGCCUCGUUCUCACCGGAACUUCCUUGGUGUCGGUCCUUGCAGCUCGUCGGCGUCGCACAGACGACCAAAUUUAAGCUCCAAUUCUGGGAGGCUCUACGCAAUUUUGUUAGGCUUCUGUCUGCCCUUUGCUGCCAUUUUGAGCUCGAAUUGUCUGUGAGCACAGGGAUAGAGGGAUGGGGGAAGGUCUGAAGACGAUGCUGGCGAAGCCGAUCAAGCUCGCCGACCAGGUGGCCAAGCAAGCGGGCUCUGGCCAGUGCUUCCGCCCCGAGUGCAAGGACCUGCGCGCCCGCGCCGAGAAGCUCGCCGAGGUGCUGCGGCAGGCGGCGCGGGCCGACCUGUACGAGCGCCCCGCCGAGCGCAUCGUGAACGGCACCAUGCAGGCGCUCGCCAAGGCCGGCGCCAUGGCCAAACGCUGCUUCGACAGCCACUCCCGCCUCCGCCGCUUCCUCAGCUUCAACCCCGUCUCCGGCUUCCCGCGCACCCUCGCGCUGCUCGACACCGCCGUCGAGGACGUCGCCUGGCUCAUCCGCAUCUCGUCCCCGCGCGCCGACGCUGACGACGGCGACGACGACGACCUGCGCGGCAUGCCCAACAUCGCGCAGAACGACCCCAUACUCUUCCUCAUCUGGGACCACAUCGCGCGCCUCCACACCGGCAGCCUCGCCGUGCGCGCCGACUCCGCCUCCACCCUCGCCUCCCUCGCCCGCGACAACCCGCACUUCGCCAAGCUCAUCGUCGAGGAGGACGGCGUCGUGCCACUCGUCAGGCUGCUCAAGGAAGGCUCCGACGACGGCCAGGAGGCUGCCGCCACGGCGCUCGGCCUUCUCGGCCGCGACGACGCCAGCGUCGACAGGCUUAUCCACGCCGGGGUCUGCGCCGUCUACGCCGCCACGUUGAAGGAGCCGCCCAUGCGCGUGCAGGCCGCGGUCGCCGAGGCCAUCGCCUCGCUCGCCAGCCACAGCAAGAUAUGCCAGGACCUCUUCGCGCAGACCAACUCCGUCGUCCGCCACCUCGUCAGCCACCUCGCCGCUGGCACCAUCCAGGAACACAGCAGGUACUCCGUCGCUGGAAGCAGCAGCAGGAGCACGGCAACCCCGCCGCCGGAGCCCAUGAGGUCGCUUCACUCUGUUGUGCUCGCCAGCACGCCCAGCAUGCUCCCAGGAACCUCUACUUACUCUGCCAACGAACCGCCGGAAGCCUCGAAUGCCGCCCAGCAGCCAGCGCGCAACAACCAGAUGCAGCCCGCGGCAGCCGGCAGGACUACGACGACGAACCGAGUCACGGCUCCACCACCCACCAGGCCCCAGCUGAGCUCAAACGGUUCGAGCGGCCGUGGAUCGCGCGAGGCAGAGGACCCGGCCACGAAGGCGCGCAUGAAGGCCAUGGCGGCCAAGGCACUGUGGAAGCUCGCCCACGGCCAUCCAGGAGUCUGCAAGAACAUCACGGAAUCCCGCGCGCUCCUCUGCUUCGCCAGGCUGCUCGAGAAGGGCGACGGCGGAGCGGGCACGCACCUGCAGUUCUACUCCGCAAUGGCGAUCAUGGAGAUCACCCGCGUCGCCGAGCACAACCUCGCGCUGCGCCAGUCCGCGUUCAAGCCCAGCUCCCCGCCCGCCAAGGCCGUCGCCGAGCAGCUGCUCUGCAUCGUGCGCAACGGGGAGCACGACGACGACGACCUGCUGCUCCCGUGCAUCACCGCCCUCGGCUGCCUGUCGCGCACCUUCACGGCGAGCGAGACCCGCGUGAUCGGCCCGCUGGUGCGGCUGCUCGACGACCGCGAGCCGCCGGUCACCAAGGAGGCUAUCGUCGCGCUCACCAAGUUCGCCUGCAACGAGAACCACCUGCACGUCACCCACUCCAAGGCCAUCGUCGACCACGGCGGCGCGCGGCACCUCGUUCAGCUCGUCUACCUUGGAGACCAGCUGCAGGUCGAGGCGCUCAUUCUGCUCUGCUACGUCGCGCUGCAUGUCCCGGAGAGCGAGGAGCUCGCGCAGGCCGGGGUGCUCGCCGUGCUCCUCUGGGCGUCCAAGCAGGCGCAGCUGGUGCAGGACCUGCGCGUCGACCCGCUGCUGUCCAAAGCCAAGGGUCGCCUGGAUCUCUUCCAGUCAAGGGGAUCCAUCAUCUAGGUGAACUGGAUUUAGUUCAUUCUUCUUUUCUGAUUCAAGAUUUAUCCCGAUUGUUCUUCGCUGAUUCCAACAGUGUUCGUUGGUAGAGUGUACAUUCCAUGCUUAUGUUUGUUUUCAAGGAUAUGCAAAUGCAGUAGAGACUUGUUCAUGUACAAUUUAUGCAGAUCAAUUUUGGAUGCACAGAGCUAGAAAUGGAGAA